UGCCCCGCUUUGAUCUCUGCUUAACAACAGUAACGUCACACGGACUACAGGGGAGUUUUGUUGGAAGUUGCAAAGUCCUAGAGCCUCCAGAGGGCUGUCGGCGCAGUAGCAGCGAGCAGCAGCGUCCGCGCGCUCCGGCGAGGGGCAGAAGAGCUCGAGGGAGCGCGGGGCAGCAGGAGCUAGAGCCGAGCGCGGACCCAGCCCCGGACCCACGCCGCCCCAGGUCGCCUCGCAGAGCCCCAGCCAUGGCACACCAGCUCCUGUGCUGCGAAGUGGAGACCAUCCGCCGGGCGUACCCCGAUGCCAACCUCCUCAACGACCGGGUGCUGCGGGCCAUGCUCAAGGCGGAGGAGACCUGUGCGCCCUCCGUGUCCUACUUCAAGUGUGUGCAGAAGGAGAUCCUGCCGUCCAUGCGGAAGAUCGUGGCCACCUGGAUGCUGGAGGUCUGCGAGGAGCAGAAGUGCGAGGAGGAGGUCUUCCCGCUGGCCAUGAACUACCUGGACCGCUUCCUGUCGCUGGAGCCCGUGAAAAAGAGCCGCCUGCAGCUGCUGGGGGCCACCUGCAUGUUCGUGGCCUCGAAGAUGAAGGAGACCAUCCCCCUGACGGCCGAGAAGUUGUGCAUCUACACUGACAACUCCAUCCGGCCCGACGAGCUGCUGCAAAUGGAGCUGCUCCUGGUGAACAAACUCAAGUGGAACCUGGCGGCCAUGACCCCGCACGACUUCAUCGAGCACUUCCUCUCCAAAAUGCCGGUGGCUGAGGAGAACAAACAGAUCAUCCGCAAACACGCGCAGACCUUCGUCGCCCUUUGUGCCACAGACGUGAAGUUCAUUUCCAACCCGCCCUCGAUGGUGGCUGCUGGGAGUGUGGUGGCCGCGGUGCAAGGCCUGCACCUGGGAGGCUCCAGCAGCUUCCUGUCUUACCACCGCCUCACGCGGUUCCUUUCCAAAGUGAUCAGGUGUGACCCGGACUGCCUCCGUGCGUGCCAGGAGCAGAUCGAAGCCCUCCUGGAGUCCAGCCUGCGCCAGGCCCAGCAGCAAAACCUGGACCCCAAGGCCGCAGAGGAGGAGGAGGAAGAGGAGGAGGUCGACCUGGCCUGCACGCCCACCGACGUGCGGGACGUGAACAUUUGAGGGUGCUCGCUCCGGGGACAGAGCCGCUCAGGCCUGGCCACGACCUGAGGGAGAGCGGCCCGCCCCUCACUGCUGGUUUUCUCUUUCCUCUUUCUCCCUUCCGUCUCUGACUUAAGCAGAAGAAAAAAAAGUACCCGAAAGCCGGUCUUUAAAGAAAAAAGGAGAGAAAAAAUAGUAUUUGCGUAACCCUGAGCUGGCAGGAGGGGGGUUGUGCUACAAAAAUAGACGAUUUUAUACCCCAUAAUCAACUAGUUUUUAUAUUAAUGUGUUCGUGUCUCUGUUGUAAGGAUAGGCAUUAUUAACACAAGGAGCAAGUCUACAGGGGAGGAGUAGGUUUGAUUCUUUAUGUGUUUAAAAGAAACAAACAAAAAAAAAGACAUAAAAACGGUUUAAAAAAAUAGAAAAAAGUCCACAACCCGUUUUUAAAGUAGAAGAGGGUUUUAGAUAGAGAAAUGUACCUGUGUGCUUCUCCUCAGAGCACAGCUUUAAAGCGGUUCUAGGCAUCCUGUAUCUUGCUUUUAUGCAUGUAGUCACUUUAUAAGUCAUUUGUGCGUGUUUAUUUUAUUUCGUAGGUAGGCGUGUAACCUUCCCCUUGCCCAUGGUUGAUGUAACCUCUCGGCUGGCGUAGCGUAGAGUUCAGCAUCCUCGAGGGCUAAUCCUCUUUCUUCCUGUGGACCGACCACCUGAGCGGUUUGUCGGGCGCCGGCCAGCGUAGCAGGGACGGAAAGCCACCUCCGACUCCCAGCGUCCGCUACCGCAAAGAGAAACCGCGAUAGUGACCUAAUAUAUUCUAUUUUUAUAAUCUUCCUAUUUUUGUAGUUAUCUGUUUAUGAAAUGCUGGUUUUUCACCCAACAGACCUGCAGCCUGCUCACGUCCAGGUGAAAGCCACAGUCUUUUUUUUUUUUUCCUUCUCAAUAUUCCAAAACCAUUCCAUUUCAAAGCACUUUCAGUCCCGUAGUUCUAGGCGAUCUCUGUUGAUGUGUGUGGAGGAAGGCGGGGGGUGGGGGGUGGAGCAGUUUCUUAAUGGAAUGGUUUGGGAAUAUUCCAGUGCUUGUGUGCAGACAGGAUUACAGGGCAGGUGCAUGUCACUAUGGUGUGAGCGAAAGGGGGAUGUUUUGGAAGGCUAGGUUCCGGUCAAGAAGAAAAUGUGCAUUCUCACAUUGCCAGGAUGAUGUGUUCCUUCCCUUUUCUGUAGAGCAGUUGAAGUUUUAGGAGUCCUUUGGUGCCAACUGGUGUUUGAAAGUAGGGGCCUUAAAGGUUUACCUAGAGAGCCAACAGUUUCAGGGUUAUCUUUAGAUGUUUUACAACGGAAGGGUUUUAAACACUAAAAUAUAUAAUUUAUAGUUAAGGCUAAAAAGAAUAUUUAUUGCAGAGGAUGUUCGUAAGGCCAGUAUGAUUUUAUAAAGUAAUGCAGUCUCCCCCUUGAUUUACACACACACACACACACACACACACACACACACUUUCUGCCUUAGAUGUUGCAGGUGUACUACAGUUUAUAAAAGUUAGGUCCUUUUAUAGGAGAGGGGAAAAAUUAAGUCCCAAGGGAAAAACACAGACAUUGAUUCGGCUGAUCUGGCGUGUUUUCGUUCCCGAGUGACGCAGUCCGAGGGCGUCGGAGUCCCAAGGACCAUUUAGGAUGCUUGAAACAAGUUCAGUUCCAAUGCAUUCUUGCCCCCGUCCCCUCCUUUCAAAGGAAAAUACAGCAACCAACAGACGAUUUGCACAUCUUGGCUAUGUACCUUUUCGUAAUUAUUAUGUAGGGGGCGUUUGGAGGGAGAGAGGAGGUGAGGGAGGAAGUGUGGGGUGGGAGGCGGGUGGGACCACGCUUGGGACAGGCUGCAGCUCCGCUGUCUUUGUUUUCUUAUUCGCUGCUACCGAUGACUUCCCAGCCCGGUUUGGAAACAGAUUCAUGUCGCUUCUGUGUCUCUUUCACAUUGUUUUGCUGCUAUUGGAGGAUCGGUUUUUUGUUUUUGUUUUUGUUUUUUUUUUUUUGGUUUGUUUGUUUUACAAUGUCAGAUAACUACCAUGUUCUCGUUUUGAUUUUCUCAUAGAAAAAUGUAUGACAGAGGCCUUUUUUUUGGUAGGUUUUGUUUUUGUUUUUUUGUUUUAUGUGAUCAGUUUUGACUUAAUGUGAUUACUGCUCUAUUCCAAAAAGGUCCCUGUUUCACAGUACCUCAUGCUUCACUUAGCCAUGUGCAGGCCAGGCGGCCAGGCUCCGGCUGACCCACGGCCUCCUGCUUCGGCAAACAGACAUGCGGACGCGAUCCCAAGAAGGGACGUGGUGGGUCCCCCCGCCGGGGACCCCGGGCGUCUCGGAAGACAGGCUGUGACCUUUCCCUUGCCCUGUGCCUGUUACGCUGGACUCUCCGUCUGACCUGGGAUGUCCCAUCAUAGUAGUUUUGACACCUGUGUCGUCCUGUGCAUAUAGCUAUGAAAAGUUGCAUCAUCAUUAUUAUUAUUAUUAUUGUAACAAGUGCGCCUUCACGUGCCACCGUGGUGCUGUGCUUGAGGACUCAGUCCUUGGGGAGAUUGGAAUAGCUUCUGCAAUGUGUUACUGUUCGGGGUGUGUUGAGUCUGUUAUCACGGACUAGUGUUCUCUGUCUUGUUCUGUUCAUUACAGCAAAAUGCUAAUUUAAAAAGACUACAGAUCUCCACGAAGCCAGCUCACAGAGCUGUGCCCCCAAGAGCUGCCUAGCACGCUGCCGAACCAAAAGGAGUUGCACCGGCUGGUCUGCCAGCCCGUGAGCACCAAGGCCAUGCGCAGCCCGCCCGCCCUACCCGCGCCUGCGGGAACACGGCUUCCGCUUACCUCAACCAUUCUGCCUGCGGCAUCUCUGUCUGAACCAAACGGGGGUCUCUUAGGGACCGUCUGUCCGUGGUGGGGGGUCGACAUGUAUGUGCUCAAAGGCCGGUGGGGGGUCCGGGAGCGCAGGGAGUCUGUCCCGUGACCAGCGAGUCUGUGGGUCCCGGCAGGCAGGUGCUUCGGGUCUGUGUGUUUUUCGUCGCACACCACGGUGUUUCCCAGCACAGACAUGUAACCAGCACGUUUCCAGCAGGAAACAAGACAAACGUGAAAAGCCUAGAAAUAAAAUUGGUAAAACCCCA